AUGCCCGCCGACGCCGACGCCGCGCGCGAGACCGCGGAGCGCGCGCGUGAGCUCGAGCGCAAGGCGCACGUGAUCUCCGGUCGCGUCGCGCAGUUGGAUUCGAACACAAAGUCGAUUAAAUCCGAUUUGAACGCGCUGAUUGAAUCGUUGCGCGAGCUCGAACGAUGCGUCGAGACGGAGGACCCGACGUGCGAUUCGAAUGAGGUCCGAGGGGCGGUGUACGGCGCUCGACGGGUGAUCCAGGGCGCCGGACCCGGGGGGGAUUUGUUUGGGUACUGCGCGAGAGAGGAGGAGACGCGGCGGUCGCGGUUUUUGAAGCUCUUCGUCGGCGGCGCGGUGGAGCUGAGCUCGGCGAGGCAGGAAUCGCGAUUGAGAUUGAAGGAGGAGUACUAUCAGUUCCGGGACCGGAUGACGCUCGUGUACGUCUUCGCACCUCUGGCGUUGUUGUUGGGGUACUCGGAGCGCGUGCGGCCGCGGGCGCUGGACGCGACGCAAAUCGGGUACCUGCGAGCAUUCUAUCCGAUCGCGCUGCAGCUCUACUGGGUGUGGUUGCUGUAUUUUUACACCGCAUUGGCGCUCAGGGAGAACAUUCUGCGCGUGAACGGGUCGACGAUUCGUCCGUGGUGGAUCAAGCAUCACUACUACAGCGCGGCCAUGUCGCUGUGCGUGCUGACGAUGCAGUUGGAUUCGCCCGCGUGCGAGGCGUUCACUUCGAGAUUUCUCACAUUCACUACGCUCCAGGGGAUCGUGAUGCUCGUGCAAAACAGGUACCAGAGGUUCCGAAUGUACACGCGCGUGGCCAUGGGGAAAGCGUCGCCGAUGGACGUCGCCUCGGGCGAGUUAUCCGGCGGGCAGCUUAAACUCUUGUACCCGCUCUUAUUCGGUCUGCAAGCGAUGCAGUUGUCCGUGGGCACGAGCGUGCUUUGGGUCGUUUGGACGACUUAUCGCAUCGAGAGCCAUGUCAUGCGCGAGUGGCAGGCGUCCGUGGCGGGCGUCUUAUUCACUCUCAUGGCCAUCGGCAACUUCACAGCGACCGUGAACACGCUUCGAUCCAAGCGCACGUUUGCCAUGAGGAAGAAGAAGUUUGGGAGCUUCUCGAAGGAUACCGAUCAUCAGGAUUAG